CCACUACAAUUUGAAACCAUAGUGAUUGUUUUGUUUUGUUUUUUGUUUUUUAUGAUACGCAUUGUUUGUUGAUUUUUUUCAUAUUUCUUUCACAAAGAAAACAAAAAUAUUUUCUUCGAGAUAUUUCGUGAUUCAUUUUAAUCAUCAUGAAUAAUAACGGAAAUAAUUCAUUAACAUCAUCUACACCAACACAAACACCACCACCACCACCACCGUCAAUAACAGAAACAUCGGAUACAUCGAAUUUUUUUUGGCCAUCAUUUCGUGAAAAUGAACCACGUAAUCAUCAUCGUUUUGCAAGAAAUAAAAAUCCUGAAUUUUCAAUGAAUGAUGCAACAACUAAACGUGAUAAAGCACGUGAAUAUGGUCAACAAUUAGAACAACAAAUAAUGGAAAAAAAUCAAAAAAUCGAUGAUGAUUAUCGUUUGGAUCAUAAUAUUGAUAAUGAAUUGGAUCGAAAAUUGAAAAAAGAACAGAAAGAAAUGCGUGAAGAAUUUGAUAAUGAACAUCGUUAUAAUGAUGAUGAAUCAGAAAAAUCAAUAAAAAUGAAUCGAUCUUUUAAUACAAAUGAUGAUAAUCAUCAUAAUGAUUCAAAACGAUUUUCAAAUAAUAAUAAUAAUAAUGAUACAACUGAUUCAAUGAAAAAUCAACGUACAGUAUCAACACAAACUGAUUUGGAAUUAUUACAAACAUUAUUGGCUGAAAUGAAUAUGAAACAACAACAACAACAGCAACAACAAAAUUAUGGUCAUCGAAAAUCAACAUUAGCAACAUCGGCCACUGAAAGUGUUUAUUCAUUGAUGAAUUUAUCCAAUUCUCAACAACAACAGCAAAUGGAUUCGAAUUUAAAAUCACCAGAAGCAAAAAAUUAUCGUCAUCAACGUAGUGAAAAUUUUUUCUAUUAAAAAUA